CCUACAUACGGACGUUUCAUUCGCCUGGUUCGCGUCACUGAAUUGAUUCAUCAAACGCACUGACUCCAACCACCCGAUGCGUCAAAUCACUUUUGUCAUCUUAAAUGGUGGAGCAGUCUGUGCAGAUGUUGGCAAAGGUGAUGACUACAGAUGUGCACAACCCACAGCGUGAUUGCAACCAGGUUCUUCACCGUCUCCUCCUCGAAUAGAACACACUGCCCAGAGUCUGUACGCUACCACACUGCCACCUGGCGUCUGCAAGAAAGAUGAACCCUCUCAUAUAUUUACACUACAACUUCACUGGUAAAUUGGAUAACCGCAAGGAAAGGGAUGACGGGCAGACCGACCCCAAAACAAUCGCUUUCCUCUUCAUCUGUAGCGUGAUUGUUUUGGAAAAUGUGGUUGUUUUGGUGGCCAUAUGGAAAAACCACAAAUUUCACAACAGAAUGUAUUUCUUUAUCGGAAAUCUCGCCUUGUGUGACCUUCUAGCGGGGGUAACUUACAUCGUGAACUUGACGCUGUCUGGAGAGGCGACUCUGCAACUGUCGCCCGCAAUGUGGUUUUUGCGGGAGGGGAGCAUGUUCGUUGUCCUGGGUGCUUCCGUUUUCAGUCUGCUUGCCAUUGCAAUCGAGAGACAUUUAACCAUGAUUAAGAUGAGACACUAUGAUACCAAGAAAAACUACAGAGUUUUCAUCCUGAUCGGCACCUGCUGGUUAAUUGCCAUCUUACUGGGAACACUGCCUGGUCUUGGUUGGAACUGUCUCGGCGACCUUCCUGACUGUUCCACCAUACUGCCUCUGUUUUCUAAGACAUACCUGGCCUUUUACAUUACGAUUUUUAUGGCACUCUUGCUUGCGAUAUCAGUGUUGUACACCCGCAUUUACAUCCUGGUGAAGUCUAGCAGUCGCAAAGUCACCAAGCACAGCAACUCGGAGAGGUCCAUGGCGCUAUUGCGCACCGUUGUCAUAGUGGUCGGUGUGUUCAUCGCCUGUUGGACUCCCAUCUUCGUACUGCUGCUCGUGGACGUGGCGUGUGAUCACCGCCAGUGUCCCGUGCUGAUGAAAGCGGACUGGUUUGUCGCCUUGGCUGUUAUCAAUUCGGCCAUGAAUCCAGUCAUAUACACGUUGGCAAGUAGGGAGAUGCGACGCGCCUUUUUCUCCAUAGUGUGCGGCUGCGUCAGUAAAGAGAGCAACAGCGCAAACGCUGCCCUGGAGCACAGUCGAAGCAAGUCCAGCAGUACCCACAACAAGCCCAAUGACCUGGAAAACCCACAGGUCAACGCCUGACAGAGGCCUACAUCUCAGGAAGAAACUGCAGGAGGGAGAAGUGCCGCUGCUUAACUCUCAUUCUUUUCAGUGCUGCUUCAGUCCACAUGAACUUAAAAGUGAAGUCAAGAUGAAGACAGGGCUGGAUGAUUCAUGAGCAAGCCUACCAGACCUAGGCCAGAGGCGAUUCUAGGGUCAGGCGGGGCCCCAAUCGAAACAUAACAUAACAUUUGAAACAAAACCACCACUACUGUAGUGAAGUGUGUGCUGUUAUUUGUCAUAUAGGGGCUGAGGGGGCCCAAGCAGAUGCCUGCCUAGCCUGGUGACAAGAUGCGCCUCUGGCUCAGGCCCAGGCUGUCCCUGGAAAGCACCAGGACAAACCGAACCAUCCCACCUCCACCGCCAUUUUGAAGGGGCAUCAUGUACCAAGUGGCAUAGCAUGGUGCAUAUGACGUGUUAAAAAAAAAAAAACACUUAACGAAACACAAAGGGUGUUGGAAUCCAGGUAAAAUGACUGGAAUCGAAGCACUUUAUAUUGUGCUUAUAUCGUAAUCUGUCUCUUCUUGUAGGAAAGAGUGAAAUGAACAAUUAGGACAAAUUAGGAGGUAUGUUGUGAUUAUCAUUUUGUAAAAAAAACUAAAAAAAACCUUUUUGUCUGUAUACUGCAACAAUAGUUAUGAAUAUAAUGGCUACAGGUAUAUAGGCUAAUGGUUAUAUACAUUACUAGGAACCUUCUCCCUGUUUGUCCCUUGUACCAAGAAGCUUAUAGACAGUUCUAAAAUCACACCGCCGGCGGCGUAUGAGGAACCGGGGCUGUUGUGAGGACAAAUAAAAAUGGACAGGACUGUUCCAUGGAACUUUGGAACUGUGGAACCUUGCCAGUGUAAUAGCAGCAUUUUUCAGCAACAUUAUAAUUUCAAAUAGCCUAUGCACAACUCUGGCAUACCUCAGAAAAUGUUACAGACGUUGCACAUGUACGUAUGUGAACCCUGCAUUGGUUACGUCAUUCUUGACAGUGCCUUCCAAGUGAAAUGUCUGUUGUUGAACGCCCUCCAGUGUACCAGAGUGUCAAGCUCUUGGGUCUGUAAUAGCUUUGCACUGCAUUGCAUUGCAUCUCUGUAAGUCAUAGUUAUGUAUGAUAAAUGAUAAUGUUAUUCUACUUUGGUGUAAGCCAAGGUUUUUCCACAUUUAUGGCAUGCACAAUAUUUACCCGUCCCGAUUGACUAGCUGAAGGAAUGAAAUGCACAUUACAGUACAAUGUAUGGCAAGUUUUUUUGUUUUUUUUUGUAGCCUGCUCAACAUUGUGGUACCAUUUGUUGUGUAACAUUGUGAGUGCUAUAACUAACCUGUUGCUUUUGCCACUGUAUUACAAAAGGAUAUACAGCACGUGCCUGUAAAUGUAAGUGAGAACGCUGUUUCAUAUCACUGUGGAGCUAGUUGUACAACUGAGAGAAUCUUUCUACCAUUGUCAUUACGCAAUGCACAAUGCACACAAAAAAUUCAGCCUUUAAAUUGAACUCAUCACAUGGACGUGUGAGCAGGGACAGCCGUGGCAAUGCCACCCAGACCAAACAAAUAUAAAGCACUUUAGUGUUGCUUUAAAGGAUAAGUCCAGCCAUUUUCAACAUGCAGUUGUAAUGCUCACACUACCCUGGACUUGUCAGUACCUGAGAUGUUUUUUUUCUUCAGACUUUUUUCCGAGAUCCUGGUCAUUGUAAUUGGGGCAGUUGUUUUGUUUACAUUUCAAAAAAACUUUUUGUUAUUUAUUCCCAAAAACAUCUAAAAGGUUAUGCAACAUCAGCAGACAACUAGCAAAAAGCGAUACCUUUUGGGAAAAUAAUGGGAGUAGGCCUAUGUUAAGAAAGUUUUUAUGUCAAACAAAAUCUGCCCCCAUAAGAAUAGCUCAGAUCUCGGAAAGGGCUGAGACAAAAAAAUGCAGCGUCACCGGGAACUGACAAGUCAAGGGUAGCGUGAUCAAUACAACAGCAUAUUGAAAUUGGCUGAAGUGCUCCUUUAAGCAUCUGUGCAGUAUAAUCCCUCAAUUUCAGUUGUUGCACAGGGAAGAAGAAUGACAGCAAUCUGGUGCUCACAUUCACAGUUUUAUUGCCAACAGUCAUACAGAAAGAUGAUAACUCAUAAAACUGAAAUUAAACAUGUAAACAUUGUUUGGACUUUAUUUUCUGAUUGUUUACUGUUUGCUUGUGUGUUUGUGUUGAUUCUUUUUAUCUGUCCAAACUUCCCAUGAUCCAUUUGUACUGCAGUACUAAGGGGGGGGGGGGGCAGUCAAAAUGAAACCAAAGAGAGAUACUACAGUCUGUAGAGCAGCAAUACUUCAGUCAGUCGUGGUCACCACCUCAGUGAUCAGAGAAGCUAGCACAUCCCCUUUAAAUUGGGUUUGGCUAUUGCACUUUCGAAAAGGAACUUCCACUGGUAGAAAUUAAAGGCACAUUCUCCUAAAUAGAAAUGUGGUCGUGGUCAUGUCCGUAAGCCGAAAGGAAUAAAUACAGGAAUUGAAUAAAUACAAAAUAAUCAUGAUGAAUUUUGCCAGUGUCCUUUGUAAGGCUAGGCUUGGGACUGAUGAGAAAUUGUCAUCAUGGUAAAACUAUACUCAAGUUAUACUCAGUAAAAUGAAUGAACUAUUAUUUUACAACUUUUUUGUCAAGUAGACUAACAUUCUUAAUUAUUUAAUUUGGACUGGAAAUUAAUAGGCUUUGACCUUGUUUCUUCUACGAUUGUUCAGAUAUUAAUUCUAUGUAUACUUUGUGUUCAAUAACAUUGUGAAUAUACAGUACAGUAUAAGCAAGAACUGUACGUUUUGAUUUUGUCCUCCUUCGUGGACUUUUUGUGGCUGACAAGUCUACUCAAAUGUCUGAGAAAUAUGCCCAAUAUGCCAAAUAUACAGCAUGUCAAAAUUGAAGAAAUAGUAAACACAUUCGUACACUGGUCAGUAGUAAAUUGUGUAUACUCGAACAAUCAGAUUAAAGUGAAAUGUAAGGAUGAAAGGAAAAUAAAGCAAAGUAGAGUUCAUUAACUAAUAAUUAUGACCCGGUUAGAACUUCACAAUCAAAUUUUCAGCCCAUUGUGAACGAGCAUCAGUGGCACACUGGCAGCACAUUAUACGUCACCGAAAUCAACAUUUUUUCUUCUUUUCUCCUGAAAGCACUUUCUAAAAAGAGAACUGAACUUGUUUUAAUAAAUAUAAAGAUACAUCAUACUGAAGUUUCACCGACUGCAAAACCGACUCUCAUAGAUAUCAAGUGAAUGUGGCCUUGCAUGUGAGUUUAAUUUUUCAGUUCCAUUUUAAAAUAUAAAGAAUAAACCAUAUCUGUGUAUACAGUAUAGCGUAUACUGUAAGUGUCUUAUACAUAUUUGCUACAGUGUUUGUACAGUAUUAAAGUACUGUGUAUCAACACGCCAGAGUAGUCCCUACUGGUCCUUGACCCUUAUACCUCUUAAUGGCAUAGACAGCGAUUUGCAGAGUGUAGUAAUUCUUUAGCGUUAAACUGUGAAAUCACAUUACCAUCAUAUUGUGUGGGAAUACACAUUCAGUGUGCUGGAUAGACCCUGCUGAAAAGAAUUUUGUCCAUCUGAAAGAGUACCAUUUUGGCGUACUUUAUAUGAAUUUAAAUAUUAGUAUUAAUGUUGUUUUUGGACGUGUUUCUACCACUGAAUGCAUUCUACACCAUUGAAAGUCGGCAACAUUCUUUGGAACCUUCAGCCCCUCAACAUUCCCUUCGCACGGGCAUGACAGUACACCUUUAAAAGUGUCCUUAAAGGAUCCUCUGUUAACACCGGGAGCCUUACGCACACAUCCUGAAGUUCGCACUCUAGGUUGUGGCCCUGGAGAGAAAGAA